AUGAAAGUAUUAUGCGUUGCCGAAAAACCGUCAAUUGCUAAAUCUACUACGCAGAUUUUGUCAUUAGGAGCUUAUUCCUUUCGUGCCUCAAAAAAUAAAUAUAUAAAAAACUAUGAUUUCAAACGUAAACUUCAAGGAAAUCAAAUGGUUGAUGUUACAAUGACUUCUGUCCUUGGACAUAUAUUAGCAUCUGACUUUACUUCUGAAUAUAGUUCAUGGGAUAAAGUUUCACCUUUAACACUAUUUGACGCGCCUAUCGUAAAAUUUGUAGCAAAGGGAAACGAAGAAGUACGCAAUAAUUUAAUGAAUGAGGCAAGAUCUUCAACAGAAGUAAUGAUAUGGACGGAUUGUGAUCGAGAAGGUGAAAACAUUGGAGCAGAAAUCGUUGAGAUAUGUCGCGAAGCUAAUACCCAAAUUAAAGUAUCGAGAGCUAAAUUCUCUGCUAUUAUACCUCAACAGAUAAAUCAUGCCUGGAUUACUUCUACAGACUUGGACUAUCGUCAAUCAAAUGCAGUCGAUGCCAGAAUUGAACUUGAUUUACGUAUCGGGGCCGCAUUUACUCGAUUACAAACGUUAACUUUAAGAAAUAUUUUUUCAGAACUCAAUAAUAACGUGAUUAGUUAUGGUUCUUGUCAAUUUCCAACAUUAGGAUUUGUUGUGGAUCAAUAUCUCAAAGUUCAAAAUUUUGUUUCCGAACUAUUUUGGAAAAUAAAUGUGACAUUGAAUAAGGAUAAUACAAUAACAACAUUCAAUUGGAAAAGAACUCGUUUAUUCGAUCGUUUAACAUGCUUGGUGAUUUAUGAACAAUGUGUGGAAAAUCCAUUAGCAACUGUUAUUAAAGUAACAUCCAGAGAGGUACACAAAUGGAAACCAUAUCCAUUAACAACUGUGGAACUUCUUAAAAUUGGUUCGCGAAAUUUACAUAUUUCAUCUGAUAGAAUCAUGCAAGUUUCUGAAAAAUUAUACAAUAAAGGUUACAUAAGUUAUCCAAGAACUGAAACCGACCAAUUUGAUAAUCAAUUUGAUUUUAACACUUUGAUUGAAAAACAAGUACAAGAUCCUCAAUGGGGAAAACACAACGAUUUCGCACAUCCGCCAAUUCAUCCCACCACUUAUGUAUCCAAUUUGACAGGUGAAGAAAAAAAGGUAUACGAAUUUGUUGUAAGACGUUUUUUGGCAUGUUGCUCUGAUCAUGCAACCGGUUUUGAAACAUCCGUGGAAAUCAAAAUAUGGGAAGAAACAUUUACCGUUACGGGUCUUGUGGUAUUGGAAAGAAAUUAUUUGGAGGUUUAUCCAUAUGAUCGAUGGGGCGAUUCGAAUACCAAUUUACCUAAUUUUCAGGAAGGCGAAACUUUUAUUCCAACAGUCUGUGAGAUGGUUGAAGGAUGUACAACGCCACCAGAAUGUUUGACUGAAGCUGAUUUGAUUAGCAUUAUGGAUCAAAAUGGAAUAGGCACCGAUGCCACUAUUCAUGAACAUAUUGCAAAAAUUGUUGAACGUAAUUAUGCUAAAAAAGAGCCAAGAAAUGGAAAAACAUUUAUUGUUCCAUUAAAACUAGGUAUUGCGCUUGUUGAAGGUUAUGAUUCUAUUGGGUUCGAUAAGUCGUUGUCUAAACCAUUCCUGAGAAGGGAAAUGGAAUCCAGUUUAAAAUUGGUAUGUGAAGGAAGACAGCAAAAAGAUAAUGUGGUCCAGGAAAGUCUUGCCAUGUAUAAAGAUAUGUACAUUAAGACAAGCACUAAUGCGACAAAAUUAAUUAAGGGUAUAUCCAAAUAUUUACAGGUUUCUAAUGAUGAAACAAAUCUUGAAAUAUUUAAUGAUAUGUUGCUUGAACAUCAUCCUGAACCAACUCGACCUAUUCACAAAUGUUUUCAAUGUGGAAGACAAUUGAUACUUAAAAAAAAACAAAGUGGAGGAUGGAUGAUAGGUUGUCAAGGAUUUCCUAAUUGUAAUAUGGGAAUUAAAGUUCCGGAUAUUGUUUCCGAUAUUUUGGUUUCCUCGGAUAAAUGUAAUCGUUGUACACAAAAUCCAGAAAUUCCUUAUUACAAAUUAAAGAUAAAAUUUAUCCCAAAUAAAGUUCCACCUUGGAUUUCUGAAGAAGUAAAAAAUCGAUGUGUUGGAGGCUGUGAUGAAUUUCUGAACGAAUAUUUUGUUGCAAUAAGAUCUAAUCAAAGUAAUCGUAUGCCACUUUCAUCCAUGAAUCAAAAUAAUCAAACAAACUCGACAUAUCGAACUAAUUCAGGAAUAGAACCUCCGAAAUGUAAAUGCAAUCUCUACGCCACCCUUAAGAAAAAAGUUACACCAGGAGAAAAUCAAGGAAAAGAAUUUUAUACUUGCCAUAAAGCAGGACGAGGGAGAUGUCGAAACACAGGGAAUACGUGCUAUAAUUGUGGCGAAGCAGGACAUUUUUCAAAUUUUUGUAAUAAGCCAAAGAUUGUUUCGUGUUUCAAAUGCAAACAGCCUGGUCACUGGUCUAAUGCAUGUCCCAAUAAUGAAUCUACACGUGGCCGUGGAGGAUUUCAACGUGGAAGAGGUACCCGAGGUCAUUACACUCGAUCAACUCGAGGAGGUAAAAGAAAGAGUUAUUAA